AGAACCUUCGAAUAGCGUUCAAUUUGUUGGUUUCUUUUUCUAUUAAACAAACGCUAUCGUAUUUCUCCAUAUUAUCAUCUGAGUACAGUUUUUUUGGACUUGUUUGGGAUUUCUUCCUUUUCCUGAAAUCAGAGUGUGUUUUUUUAAGUCCAGGAGUUGGUUGCUUUGAACUAGUUUAGAGAUCUCAUUAAUUUAUUCUGAGAUAAUUUAAUAGGCUUUAAAAAGGUGCUUCUAUCUAUCUUUGUGCUGGUUUUAGCAGUCUGUUAAAAUUUCUGCAUUGGGGUUACCUAUGAAGUUAUUGGUUCUUGACAAAACAGUGGGACUUCCAAUUUUUAAGGCUUUAACCCAUAUUAUUGCAUCUUGUCUCGCUGAUAUUCGUGGCUUUUUAUAUUUGUCAACCUUAUUGAAUUUGACAGAAGUCAACAGCAUUGAUGGAGUUUGAUGAUGAGCAGCAUGGUGUCUCAGGAAGAGUUCCUAAAUGUGGUGCAAUUUUUAUGUCGAACAGUACAACCAAAAAAGAAUGUUUAAGACGGGGACUGUUUGGCCUUCCAUCUUCUCAUGGCCACUUUGUAAAGCAGGUUAAAGCUGGGAUGAUUUUGUUUUUGUUUGACUAUGAUAAGAGACACCUUCAUGGUGUUUUCCGGGCAUGUUCUGAUGGUGCAAUUGAUAUUGUGCCCCAUGCAUUCGGUUCAUCCGGAAAGCAAUUCUCCGCACAGGUGAAAUUCACUCAAAUUUGGAACUGUAGCCCACUUACUGAAGCUGAAUUUCGUGACACAAUCAAAGAAAAUUACUUUUCACCUAUGAAGUUUAACUUUGGCUUGUCUGAAGAGCAGGUUCGGAGGCUUCUAUGCUUGUUCAGUCUGAGAAGGGCAACAGAUCAUCUACCUCAUAGACAAUCUAGCAAAAUUAAAGGUGCAAGAGCAAAUGAUAAGGGUAAAGUUAGAAGAGUUGAUGACGGUGGGGCUACAAUGAGGGAAGAGGUAAAAGAUUUGAAUGAUUUGGAUAAUGAUUAUGGACCAGUUGUUUUGAAUGAGUACUCUGGGAAAUCCUCUGGCUAUGGUGGAAGAGAAAGUGACGAAAGCAGGUUUGCAAAAAGUGAUGGGUUAGGGAAUAAACAUAAAGCGUUUUUUGCGGACUCUUUGGCUAAAUCUGAAAGAGAAAGUGAUGAAAGCUGGUUUGCAAAAAGCGAUGGGUUAGGGAAUAAACAUAAAUCGUAUGAUGAGCUUGAGCUAGUGACCAGGAAUGAAUAUUUUGAGGACUCUUUAGCUAAUGCUGGAAGAGAUGGAGGCAGAUUUGCAGGAUGUUAUAGGUCAGGGAGUGAGCAUAACUUGGCUAUUGAGCAUGGGUCUGUCCUGUCAAAUGAUCCUCCUAGGUAUCUUUCAGGUAAAGUUGGACCAAUGAAUGAGUAUUUUGAGGACUCCUUGGCUAAAGUUGGAAGAGAUGGAGGCAGAUUUGCAGCUUAUGAUAGGUCAGGGAGUGGACGUAACUUGGCUAUCGACCAUCGGCCGGUCCUGUCAAAUGAUCGUUCUGGGUAUCUUUCAGGUAAAUCUGGACCUAUGAAUGAGUAUUAUGAGGACUCUUUGGCUAAAGUUGGAAGAGAUGGAGGCAGAUUGGCAGCUUGUGAUAGGUCAGGGAGUGGACGUAACUUGGCUAUUGACCAUGGGCCUGUCAUGUCAAAUGACCAUUCUGGGUAUCUUUCAGGUCAAGCUGGACCAAUGAAUGACCAUUUUGAGGACUCUUUGGCUAAAGUUGGAAGAGAUGGUGGCAGAUUUGCAGCUUGUGAUAGGUCAGGGAGUGGGCGUAACUUGGCCAUUGAGCAUGAGCGUGUCGUGUCAAAUGACCUUUCUGGGUAUCUUUCAGGUAAAGCUGGACAUAUGAAUGAGUAUUUUGAAGACUCUUUGGCUAAAGCUGGAAGAGAUGGAGGCAGAUUUGCAGCAUGUGAAUGGUCAGGGAAUGGACAUAACUUGGCCAUUGAGCAUGGGUCUGUCGUGUCAAAUGACCAUUCUGGGUAUCUUUCAGGUCAAGCUGGACCAAUGAAUGAGUAUUUUGAGGACUCUUCGGCUAAAGUUGGAAGAGAUGGAGGCAGAUUUGCAGCUUGUGAUAGGUCAGGGAGUGUGCGUAACUUGGCCAUUGAGCAUGGGCAUGUCGUGUCAAAUGACCAUUCUGGGUAUCUUUCAGGUAAAGUUGGACAAGUUCCUGAUCAUGAUAGGUUUACAAUGACUAAUAGGCUAGAAAGUGAAAAUAUAAUGGACAAUGACUUUGUGCUGCCCAUCUCUACUGAGCGCCGUAGUUUAUUUCAACCUAACCUUGAUAGAUCUGUCUACUCCAACAAUUCUGUAUUUAAAGAUCAACAUAGGUUAUACACUGCAUCCUCUGACUCGACAGAGAGACAAAUCUGUUACCCUUCCUAUUCAACACUUUAUGGAGAUGCACUUGGUAUGAGUACACUUCCUUCUGAUCCUGAAUCCGCUAAUAUUUACUCUAGGUACUCGUCAUCUCCUAGGAUUGACCACAGCUCUAAUUCAGUGAAAGAAUGUGCUUCCCCUCAUAAAACAUAUGCUGGGACUCUCAUUCCUUCCCCAAAAAACCAAUUGUAUUUCCCAUCUGUGGAUCCAAAAUGUAGAAAGAGAGGCCCAGAUGAUAGCUCUGGUUUUGGGAACCCUGUUUCUGUCUCUACCCCUGACAAUUAUGAUGAUUAUCUCUACGGGACAAGCAUGCCUUUGUCCAGGGAUGCAUAUUCUGAAAACUUGGCAGUAGAAUCUUCUGAAAAUCCAGGUUACAAGGGCCUCUCCUUUUUACGGUAUGCUUCAGCUCCCUUACAUUUAUCAGAGACUGAAAAUAAUGGGAGGGAAAACAAGGGUUCUUCCUUCUACUCUGGCUUUCCUGGAGAGUCACUAGGCAAGCUUGAGCGUGAGGUUGCACGACAGGAGAAGAAUGAAGCAUUUACUGAUGAUGUUCCUUUGUCAAAUCAUGGUCAGCUUCAGUUGCAUGGCCGUGAUUAUUCUGUUGAACCUAAGAGUGACUACCACCAUGAACACAGUUCACUUAAUUAUGAUCUCAAGUAUGAUCGGGAUUUUGAAAACACAUCUUCUGGCUGUCAGAAGAACAGGAAUAGUGUGUUUUCUCGCUUAGCUUUGGCUUCAGAUGUACAUGUAAAGAAAAGUGGUGAUGACUUUGGCCAUAAGGAAUAUGACGAGGAUACACCAGUGGAUGAAUACAAUUCACUUAAUCAUGAUCUCAAGUAUUAUCAGGGUUCUGAAAACAUGUCUUCUGGCUGUCAGAAGAACAGGAAUAGUGUUUUUUCUCGCUUAACUUUGUCUUCAGAUGUACGUGUAAAGGAAAAUGGUGAUGACAUUGGCAGUAAGGAAUGUGAUGGCGAUACAUCAGUGGAUGAAGUCAUGUCAAUGUUGCGUCAAAGUCUCUUCCAAUCAGCAAAGACUAAAAAGUCUAAAACGUUGGUCAAGCAAAAUGAGGAGCAUGAAAACUCUAGGGAUACAAAACAAACAACCUUUUGCCCCAAGUUGGAAAUGGAUUGCUUGGUGGAUUUCAAGUAUUCGAGUGCUGGACGGACACCAUGUGUGGAUUUCAAACGUCGGAGUGAAAUACGAAAAGGUGAAGAUAAUACCAAGAGUAGACAAACUAAUGAAAUUGCUGGGAGCGAUGGCUCAUCAGGCAGGGGCCACAAAAGAAGUAAGCUGAUCAGGCCUAACUUCAGUAAGAAAGAGUCUUCCAGUGAACAAGGCAUCUCAUCAGAUCAGCACUACAAAAGAAGAAAGUUGAUCAGGCCUAGCUUCAGUAAGAAAGAGCCUUCCAAUGAACAAGGCAUCAAUGAUGAUGUUUCUAAAAGUACAGAUGUAUUAUCACAAGAAAGUUCUGUAAACAAUAAAGAUAAAAGGGGAAGUUGUGAGGUUUUGGUUGGAAGCCAGGAUCAAGAAAAUAAGUCAUCUCAAAGUGUUGAAUUGCUGCAGCGUGUAAUUUCUCUAGUCAGUGGCGAGAAUAAGAAUAUUAAUGUUGAAAAAGAUUCAAAUGGUAAAGGAGAAUCAAAAGCAGAGAGCUGCAAGGCAUUCUCACUAACUGGAUAUGAAGACGGAAAAGAGUCUUCACAAGAUGCUGUCAUAAAAAAUGCUUCUGAAGACAAGAGUCAAAAUGCUGAGAAUGGCUUGAGAAAUAUGGAUUCUGUGGUGGAUGAGUUGCCUGAUACCACUCCAUCCUGCAACAGAGAUUUAUAGAAAUAGAAGAAAAUGGUUACAGAGAAACUGCUUAUGGUGAUAUCAAUCGCGGAAAGGGGUUGCCUUUUUUUGUUUUUUGUUUUUAUAGGUCUGUAUAUGAAGGUAAGAAAAAGAAAUCAGCAAUUCGCUUUUGGGGCCGUUGUCUCAGAGGCGUCUUUUGAAAGUUCUAGGUGUAGUAGCAUCAUCAAGAAAUUUGCGAGGAAAAUAUUGGAUCCAGAUGGAUAUUGGCUGCAGCCAAUGGAGUUUGAAGGUGUGAAAUUGGAAUUUCCUCAGAUUUUUGAAAAUAGCAAUGAACUUCUCAGCAGUUGUGGAAAUGCAAUGGGUAUUUGAAGACAUUUGGUGCAAAUGAUGAAAGGUAAAGGGCAAAAGCACCCUCUGAAAUGUUCGUUCUACCAUUCACAUUCAAGCAUCUGAAAUUCUUUUUUACAAGGGCUUAUAAAACACACUAAAACGUGGUGGAGUAACAAUGCAGAAGACAAUCAUAGAGAUGCUGCUGUUGUUAUAAAACACACUUUGAAGUGCUUUAGGGCUUUUUUUUUUUUUUUUUUUGUUGAUGCCACGUAUCAUCAGUACAAACAAAGUUGAUUCUGCUGUUGUAAAGCUUGUCUGAAUGUUGCUCACUUUAAUUGCUACUUAAAUAUAGCCUUAAUGCAAUUGGGACCUUUUUCUUUCAGGUUCAAGUGAUGCUUUU